GCCUUUCCGGCUCGAAGGCCGCACCUACUCUGCAUAUACCCCGCCCCCUCUCUCCUGGCUCCGCCCAUUUCCCCUCAGGGUUUCCUGCCCCAGGGCGUCCCGCAAGCCCCGACGGCACGGAGGGGCCCCAGACCAAAGGCGGUGGGCGCCCCGCCUCGCCGCUGCUGCGCGCGCCCCUGGCCCAGGCCCCUGACGGCAGUGCCACCGCCGUCCCUGAGCGUGGGGACAUGCCGGACCUGGUGGUGACGGCGCUGCUGGCGCCGUCGCGCCUCUCGCUGAAGCUGCUCCGCGCCUUCAUGUGGAGCCUCGUGUUCUCCGCGGCGCUGGUGGCCGCGGCGGUCUACGGCUGCAUAGCACUCACGCACGUGCUGUGCCGGCCCCGGCGCGGCUGCUGUGGGCGCCGCCGGCGCGUGGCUCCUGCCUGCCUAAGCGACCCCUCGCUGGGCGAGCACGGCUUCCUGACCCUCAAGAGCUCGGGCCUGCGUCUGCACUAUGUGUCAGCUGGACGAGGCAAUGGGCCCCUCAUGCUGUUUCUGCAUGGCUUCCCCGAGAACUGGUUCUCCUGGCGCUACCAGCUCCGGGAGUUCCAGAGCCGCUUCCACGUCGUAGCUGUGGACCUCCGUGGCUAUGGUCCUUCGGAUGCGCCGCGGGAGGUGGACUGUUACACCACCGACCUGCUGAUGGCAGACAUUGAGGAUGUCAUCCUAGGCCUGGGUUACUCCAAGUGCAUCCUCGUGGGCCAUGACUGGGGUGCUCUUCUUGCCUGGAAUUUCUCCAUCUACUACCCAUCGCUGGUGGAGCGGAUGGUUGUGGUCAGUGGUGCCCCCAUGUCAGUGUACCAAGACUACUGUCUGCGCCACAUUAGCCAGCUCUUCCGUUCGAACUACAUGUUCCUGUUCCAGCUUCCCUGGCUGCCUGAGAAGUUUCUGUCCAUGUCUGACUUCCAGAUCCUGAAGACCACCUUAACUCACCACAAGUCAGGCAUCCCACACUUGACCCCCAACGAGCUCGAGGCCUUCCUUUAUAACUUCUCACAGCCCAAUGGCCUCACCGGGCCCAUCAACUACUACCGAAACCUCUUCAGGAAUUUCCCCUUGGAGCCCCAGGAGCUGGCCACACCCACACUGCUGCUAUGGGGGGAGAAGGACAAGUACUUCGAGCUGGGGCUGGUGGGGGCCAUUGGUAGCCGCUUUGUGCCAGGCCGGUUGGAGGCCCACAUCCUGCCAGGGGUCGGGCACUGGAUCCCACAGAGCAACCCCCAGGAGAUGCACCAGUACAUGUGGGCCUUCUUGCAAGACCUGCUGGACUAGUGGCCCUUUCUCACCAGCCUGCCCAGGUGCGUGAACACUCAGGAAUGCACACCCACUAUCUGUGUGUGCCUGGGAAUCCAUACAACGUACAUAGGUGGGUGGACUCUUGGAUUUCCCACAGGCGUGGGACUCCUAGAUUGUACAUAAAUGCAUCUGUGGGUGCUCACAUGCAAGCAUGGGUGUGUGCACAUGUGAGCAAGCACUUUGACCCUGGGAACCAGGUAUCCCUCUGCUCCGUGGAGCCAGAUGCUGGGACCAAGUGUCCUACCUCUCCUCUCCCUGGGACCCCACUCUGCUCCUUGCCAUAGCCAGCCAAAUCAUAAACUUUGACCUUCCCAUCCCUGGCUUCCACAUCUAGUCUGGGUCUUCAGCUAAAUGCUACAGUGCUGCUAGCCAUAUCUGUCUGAUUCAACUUAAAUGUAAAUUAGUUUAAAAUGAAAUACAAUUAAAAUGCAGUGACUCAGUCA